AUGUUGUUUUCAGUGCCGAGGCAUAACGUUGUAGAUCCUGUAAAUCACUCACCGGCCUUUGUGACACACAAUCUUAGAAAACUUGAUCUAGGGGUUGAAGGGGGGAUACUAGAGGAGAUUGAUGUGGUUACACCGGAUGCUCAUUUCCAGAAAGAUCUUGGUUUAGAUAGUUUAGAUGCUGUGGAGAUUGUGAUGGCACUUGAAGAGGAGUUUGGGUUUGAGAUCCCAGACAAUGAAGCAGACAAGAUCAACUCCAUUGGUCUUGCUGUUGACUUUAUAUCCUCUCACCCUCAGGCAAAGUAG